CUGGCCUUGAAAUUAAGACCCAUCCGAUACGGUACCAGCAUGGUGAGAGCCCUCACAACAUGGCGUACGAAGAGGAAGAUGUGGAAUGGUGGGAGGUCCGUGCACCUGGCGGCCUCCCCUUGCGUGCCGGGCCCAGCCUCUCGGCGGAGGUGGUGGGAGAAGUGCUGCGACAGCAGCGGAUCCAGGUGAGCGUCGCGAAGGUGAAAGGUUGGCUGAGGUUGGCGGCUGUGGAAACGUGGAUGACUUUUGGUCGAAAGACAACAGCUUACGUGCCCAUGGAAGAUGAAGGUUUCCCUACAGUGGUGCCAAGCACAGCGCCCGGUGGAGACUGGGAUCAGUGGGCUGCCUUACUUCGUUGGUGGCCUUUGGGCGGGGUUCCUCCGCUGCUGCCUGCCACGUUGGGCGGAGCCUAUUUGUGCCACUGGCGCAAAAAUCCUCGUGAUGGAGAUGCCUCCAUCAAGGCGCACUGGCUGCGUCCUGGAGAAGAGUUGCAGUUCGUCGGACCCGCUGAUGCGAAGGCAGGGCACCUCUGUCGUUGGUUGCAGCAGGAUAUGGCCUUAGGACCGGAUCUGGAGGUGGUGCUGGUGCAGGACCAGUUGGCCCUUGAUGGCUGUUCUCGCCUGCUGGAUCACACUGACAUGAAAAGUGUCACAGGUCCCUUCUGCGCCCUGACCUUUGCGCGCCCGCGGCUGCUGGCGGCCGAGGAAGCGCCGUUGCUGCAGCUGGCGCGGGAGGAAGCGUGGUGCCUGAGGGACGCCUCCAAUCACGGCGCCGUGGUGAGAGCCGUGAAUCGAUGGAUCACAUCUGUCUACGACUGCCAGGCGUCUCAGCGUUUGUUGGCCUUCUUUGAGGAACUGAGCCAAGCGGUGCCAGCGGUUACCGUGGUGGCCGUGGUACCUGGACAUGUGCCGCUGAAGGAGGCCUGUAUCGAAGCCUUGGCAUUGACGGAUGAAGCAAGGAGCCGAGCUCGUUUGUUGCGAGGUCUUCGUCACGGACAGGCUCCAGAGUGGCUGCCAGCAGCAGAGCAAGUGCUGGAGUUGUUUUCGAGGCGUCUUCACUGCUUCACGCUUGUAGGGGCGCAUGGUCCUUGCUUGUAUCUGGCCCAAGAUAUGUCAGCUUUGGGUCAUCCAGUCCUUGGUAUCCUCACAACCCAAGAAGGUCUGGCCCUGGAGGAACCUCCGCCGUUGGCCUUGGGCCUGAAGGUGACCCUGGAAGGUCUGUCCGGCGAUAUCAUCAACAGCGUCGCCGCAGCCAGGGACUGGACUGUCGGUCAGUUGAAAGACACCUUGGGAUCUCGUCACGAAGUGAGGCUGUUGCUGCCGAGUGAAGCGACCGAGCUACGAGACGAACAGCACUUGUCCUCCCUGCUGGUCGAGGACGCCACGCAUCUCCUGCUGCGUUUGCUGCGUGUGGAUCCACGCUGGUCCUCCGCGCGGCAGCGCGUUUCGACCGACGCGCAGAGCUGGAGGGAUUUGGAGGAGGAUUUGAAAGCGGAUCGAGGUAUUGCGCUUCUGGCAGUGGCACAGGAGCCUUCGCUCUUGUCGGAGUCGGUCUUUCUAUCGGACGCCGAAGUGGUGCUGGCGGCAGCAAAGAAGGAUACCUCGGUCCUGCCGCUGGCGUCCCACGAGCUGUGGAAUGAUGACGCUUUUGUUGAAGCAGCCAUUGCUUUAGACGCGAAGAAAGCGGUACAGCUGGCCUUGGACUCGCGGCUGGAUGAGCUCAGCGCCCAGCAGUGUCUCCAAGCGGUGCGUCAGAAUGGCCUGGUGUUGGAGCUGCUUCCUCUUCCGCUUCGGAGUCCAGAGAUAUUGCAGGCAGCCAUGGAGCAGGAUGUUUGUGCCUUGCAGUUCGCACCCGAGGCCAUGAAGGAUGAUCCCCGGUUGCUCGAGAAGUUGUUGCGUCUGGACGGCCGCGCCCUGCGUUAUGCCUCGCGCAAGUUGCGCGGAGAGAGGUCACUAGUUCUUCUGGCGAUUGCUACAUGCCCCCGUGUGGUGCUGUGCGCCAGUGAAGAAGUGCUGAAGGAUCGCGAGGUGCUGGGAGCCGCUAUGGAUGGAGAUCCUCAGCUGGCUCAGCAGUUAGCUCACUAUGCCACCAGGACUUGACUUCCGAACGCCUGUCGGCACACACGGAGAAAAU